ACAAGGAAGUAGGAAAGGAAAAUUUCUGCCAUACUUCUCUUUAUGAGUGUUUUUGUACAAAAAAAUCUACGUCAUCAUGGGAGUUCGAGGACUCUACAGUUAUGUUAUGGGAAAAAAAGAUUUUUUUCAGGAGGUGAAGGUUCAAGAUACGAAGCUCAUCAUUGAUGGAUCAAAUAUCCUCUACUAUCUGGCUUUCUGGCCCACCUUGGAUCUGCAGCAUGGGGGGGAUUAUGAUGCCCUUGCUGACACAAUUAGAAUUUUUUUCAAAGCCCUUUCCAUCUGCAAAAUAAAACCUUUUGUAGUGUUAGAUGGUGGAAAGGAUUACUCAGGCAGAAAGUUAGACACUGUCAAGCAGAGAGCCCAGCAAAAGAUCAAGGAAGCACAUGACAUGUCUACUGGAAAAAAGCAGGAAAUUAUGCCCCUGCUCAUCAGAGAGGUCUUCAAAGAGGUCCUCUCUAGCCUCCAGGUGCCCUUUGUUCAGUGUAUGGCUGAAGCUGACAGGGAGGUUGCCUCCCUGGCCAAUGAGUGGAGCUGUCCUGUGCUGACGUUAGACAGUGACUUUUUUAUCUUUGACCUGAAGGGGGGGUGCCUCCCUGCUAACCAUUUCCGAUGGGAUAAAGUGACUGAAUGCAGCAAGUACAUCCCAGCCCAAAUGUAUUCUGCUGACCGUUUCUGUGCUCACUUCAGGAUGAAGGAAGAGCUCCUCCCUCUCUUUGCCACCAUGUGUGGGAAUGACUGGGUCCAAUCUCAGGCCAUGGCUGGAUUUUUCACUAAGAUGAAUUUUGCAAAAAAGGUUGGGCUUUCCCAGAAUCAUCAAAAGAUAGAUGGCCUAUUUCACUGGCUGGCAGGCACUCCUGGGUGA